AUCUUUGGAUGUCUCUGAAGUCAUUGCAAGAGCCAAUGAGGGCAAAACAAUGCGCCUGAUCCACGGCGACAUUGUGCCAAAUUCAAAGAGGAACGCAGUCCCCUGCACAGCCAGAGGCUGCAAGUGGCCUAAAGUUGGAGACCAUGUCAGAAUUCCUGUCAUUAUAUCCUCUCGUUACACCACAGUAGAGCGCAACUUCAUCAAUAGAGUCCUGUUUUCCUUCCACAAAUCCACCUGCAUUCGCUUUAGGUGGAAGAAGCCGUCGCAUAAGGAUUUUAUCAACUUCUUCCCUGGAUCCGGGUGCUGGUCGUACCUGGGCCGUGUGGGGGGAGAACAGAAAAUCUCCCUGCAGAAAAACGGUUGUUUGUACACAGACACGGUGCAGCAUGAGGUCCUCCAUGCUCUCGGUUUCCACCACGAGCACGUCCGCUCUGACAGGGACCAACACGUCAGAAUCCACUUCGAGAACAUUCAGGAAGGAAAGGAAUCAAACUUCCAGAAGGUGCAGACUAACAACUUGAACACUCCCUAUGACUUUGAGUCUGUCAUGCAUUACAGCAAAUUCGCCUUCUCCAAAAAUGGGCAGCCAACCAUCGUCGCCAAGGGCAAUCCCAACCUUUCCUUUGGACAAGCUACAACCAUGAGCGCUAAUGACAUUGCCCGUGUCAACAAGCUUUACCAAUGCAAACAACGAUGACAGAAGAAACGGGUCGGCCUCCAGAUACUUCAACACCCUACAAGUCAUGAUUACACCAAAGGCCCAGAUCUGUUGUACUGACAGAGACCUGACGUUCUACCAGACUUAUGGUUUAGCUUCUGUUAGCAUUCAGUCUUAAUGUAUUCAAAAAGAAGACUAUCCACUCCAAACUAAAUUACUGUUUUUCAUUGAUUAAUCAUUCAGUCAUUCAUUUAAAUUGCUCCCUGGGGACAAAUAAAGUUUAUUGAACUGAAUUGAAUAGAAGUGAAUUGAUCUGGCUUCCACAUCUGCAAAAAAAUCGAAAAGUUAUUGCGAAAACGAUUCAUAUAACAUUUGUCUGAUCUUAAAGUUCAGUUAGAUCUGCAGCUCCAGUCCAGUAACAUGUUGCAGCUUAUCAGAAAGACUGAUGAGGGAAACAUUUCGUUCUGGGGCUCAUGGAGCAGAGGCUAAACUUUGGCUCCUAAUUUCAGACUGCAGAGCCACCUGCUGGACGGUGGUGGUAUUACACCUCUUUCUGCUACUGUCAGACCAAAUACCAACAACUUUUACUGUCUUUUUUUAACCAUUUGUGAUUUGAUUUAAAUCUUUUAUUGGUUUUCAGAUACAAAGGAUAUGAUUUGGUGAUGGUUCUGCCGAGUGUAUUGACACAAAGCCGAGACUCAUUGAUGUAUUUUGAUGAUUGUUGAUGAAAGUUUUUGACAGAUGCAGCCCUGAAAUAAACAUAACCAACAAAGAUACAGAGAGUUUGAACAAGUUAAACAACUAAACAUCCUCUGAUGGAUCAUCCUGCAUUGUGAAAGCUGUUUUUCAUAUAUGCAGUAGUGACUUGAUUAAACGCCAAUUGUGUUUAUUCUUUUUUUUUUUUUUUUUUUUAA